AUGCUACUCUACAAUGCUGUUGCUCUCCUUGCGGCAACCUUGGCCGUCAGGUCGCAGACUCUGUAUCUCGCUGGCGAUUCUACAAUGGCUCCCAGUAGCGGAGUUAUUCAAGGCUGGGGUACUGCGGUAGGCCGGUAUCUCUCGAUAACCACUGUCAACAAAGGCGUUGGUGGCGAAAGUGCACGUUCUUACACGAACAAUGGGAGGUUCAACGAGAUCAUCAAUGUCGUCAAACCAGGCGACUUUGUCGUGUUCGAAUUUGGCCAUAACGACGUCAGUGCAGGUUCAGGCAACCCCGACAAUGGCAAACAAGAUGCAGUCGGUGACGGUUACGAUAUCACUGCUACCGUGACUGCAGCGAAUGGAACUCAGAUUCUCAUCCACAGCUUUGCCUACUACAUUGAAAACGCGAUCAACGCAGUGGCAGCGAAAGGGGGCAUUUCGAUCAUUUCUUCAUUGACCCCUCACAACUCUUUCGUUAACGGAAAUAUCGGCUUUGAUGGCGGGCGUUUUCAGACGUACGCAAAGAGCAUCGGAACGCGAAAAAACAUCGUUUACGUCGAUCACUACUCCUACACCGCUCAGGCCUUCAACGCCCUCGGUCAAACUAAAGUUGCCACAUUCUUCCCGGACGAUGCCCUCCACUUCAACGCAGCCGGUGCUGACGUUGUCGCCCAGGCCUUUAUUAAAGGCUUACUUUGCAGCACCAGCACAUUAAAGAUCAAGGUGAACUCCGCCGGUCCGAACGUUCCGAACGGUUGCCUUUAG